AAGGCAGCAUCCGCUUACAUAUAUGUUAGCUUGCCUUCGGGCUUGACGGCAGCUUUACCUUGGAUCCAACAACUGUUCUGUCCCCACCACAACACGACCUCUUUCCUCACUCGUGUACAUGUUUACAGAAGGUGGAACCCCGCUGUGACUGAAUUAGUUGAGCACAGCCAGCCAUGUGUAGCUGUGUGCGGAGCUCCAGGGCUCUGUCCCCUACCCUGCUCCCCAGACUGCUGCUACCUCACACAGGCAACACAUUGGCCAGUAGGGGCCUGUGGACCUCCACAAACUGCAUGCAGGCGGGGAGCGGGGACGCCUCGCAACCACUGCCACUACCCAGCCAGGCCCGUGUAGUCAUCUGCGGAGGGGGCAUCGUGGGGACUUCGGUGGCAUAUCACCUGGCCAAGCUGGGCUGGACUGAUGUUGUUCUCCUGGAGCAGGGCAGACUUGGAGCGGGAACCACCAAAUUGUGCGCCGGCAUUGUCAGUGUGGCCAAGCCCAUCUCCAUCGAGUGCAAAAUGGCCGAUUAUUCCAAUGCUCUGUACCGGCAGCUCGAGGAGGAGACCGGCGUCAAGACGGGUUACGUCAAGACGGGUUCUCUGUGUCUGGCUCAGAAUCAGGACCGGCUUAUUUCUCUGAAGCGACUCGCGUCGAGACUCAAGGUGCUGGGAAUCAGCUGUAACAUUGUGAAACCCAAAGAAGUGACCAAGCUCCACCCCUUAGUGAACAUUCACGACCUCGUGGGGGCGCUCCACCUGCCCGCCGACGCCGUGGUGUCGCCGCCGGAUGUCAAUCACGCCCUGGCCGUGGCGGCCGCUGGACAAGGGGUUCAAAUCCUGGAAAGAACAACCGUUCAGCAGGUUCUGGUGGAGAAAGGCCAGGUGAUGGCGGUGGAGACGGACCGCGGCUCCAUCGAGUGUGAAUAUUUCGUCAACUGUGCUGGACAGUGGGCGUACGAACUGGGCCAGGCGAGCGAAACCAAAGUCUCCGUCCCUCUGCACGGCUGCGAGCACUUCUACCUCCUCACCAAACCUCUCCACAAUGAGCUCCCAGCUGACACACCAGUGGUGCUCGACAUGGACGGAAGGAUAUACGCUCGGCCGUGGCAGGGAGGCCUCCUGUCGGGCGGGUUCGAGAAGAAUCCAAAGCCCAUCUUCACAGAGGGACGCAACCAGUUGGAAAUUCAGAGUAUGCAGGAGGACUGGGACCACUUUGAGCCGAUGCUCAACGCGCUGCUGAGGAGAAUGCCCGGUCUGGAGUCGGCUGAGAUCCAACAGCUGGUCAACUGCCCCGAGUCCUUCACCCCGGACAUGCGUUGUUUGAUGGGCGAGACGCCGGGGAUCUCGGGCUACUACGUGCUGGCCGGUAUGAACUCCUCAGGUCUGGCCUUUGCUGGAGGAGCUGGCAAGUUUCUGGCCGAGUGGAUGACCUACGGUUACCCCAGCGCCAACGUGUGGCCGCUGGACAUCAGCCGUUUUGGCAACCUGCAGAGCAGUCGCACCUUCCUCCGACACCGCGUUAUGGAGGUCAUGCCGCUGCUGUACGAACUAAAAGUUCCCCGCUGGGACUUCCAGACGGGCCGGCAGCUUCGGACAAGUCCGCUGUACGACCGACUGGACACGCAAGGAGCUCGCUGGAUGGAGAAACACGGCUUUGAGAGACCCAAAUACUUUGUUCCACAAGGCAAAGAUCUUCUCUCUUUGGACCAGAGCAAGACUUUCUACAAGCCCGACUGGUUUGACAUUGUCGGGGCGGAGGUGAAGUGCUGCAAGGAGGCCGUCUGCGUCAUUGACAUGUCGUCCUUCACCAAAUUUGAACUCGCUUCCUCGGGCGACGAGGCCCUGGAGCUGCUGCAGCACCUGUGUGCCAAUGACCUGGACGUCCCAGUGGGUCACAUCGUCCACACGGGCAUGCUGAACCAACGAGGAGGCUACGAGAACGACUGCAGCGUCGUGCGCAUCAGCAAGAACAGCUUCUUCAUCAUCUCACCGACAGACCAGCAAGUGCACUGUUGGUCGUGGAUCAAGAAGCACAUGCCCAAGGACCCGCACCUUCACCUUGAGGACGUCAGCUGGAAGUACACAGCUUUGAAUCUGAUCGGACCUCGCGCCAUGGAUGUCUUGGCGGAGCUGUCGUACGUUUCCAUGACGCCUGACCACUUUCCCUCCAUGUUCUGUAAGGAGAUGAGCGUAGGCUACGCUAACGGCAUCCGAGUGAUGAGCAUGACCCACACGGGCGAGCCGGGUUUCAUGCUCUACAUCCCUAUCGAGUACGCCCUGCACGUGUACAAUGAGGUGAUGUCGGUGGGUCAGAAGUACGGCAUCUGCAACGCCGGCUACUACGCGCUGCGCAGCCUGCGCAUCGAGAAGUUCUUUGCCUUCUGGGGACAAGACCUGGACACCUUCACCACGCCGCUGGAGUGCGGGCGGGAAUUCCGCGUCAAGUUCGAUAAGGACACAGACUUCGUGGGUCGCUCGGCACUGCUGCAGCAGCGUCAAGACGGCGUGUUCCGCCGCUUCGUCAUGUUGGUCCUGGACGACCACGACACGGAGCUGGACCUGUGGCCCUGGUGGGGCGAGCCCAUCUACUGCAACGGCCAACUGGCGGGGGCCACCACCAGCAGCGCCUACAGCUACACCCUGCAGAAACACGUGUGCCUCGGGUUCGUGUCGCCGCCCCCCGGACCCGACGGCCUGCCCGCCGCCAUCACCCCGGACUUCAUCAACCGAGGAGACUACGAGGUGGACGUGGCCGGGCAGAGGUACCCGGCCAAGGCUAAGCUCUACCCCUUCAGCUCUCUCUUUACUCAGCAGCACCGGAGACGCAAAGAGGACCUGGAACUGAGCAACCUUCAUGGUGAGUGAUGAUCACACAUCACUCAACAUGCUUACUUAAGUGCAAUAUUUGGCGAAAAAAAAACCAAGUCAGCCAUUUUCUUCAUUGGUCUGGAGCCAAAGUGCCUUGGUGGAGGCCACUUGAACGUGCUGCUCCUCCAUAGUAGGAGACAACAUGCUGGUUCUCCACAAUCAAAAGCUCUGCUGUUGCCUCCUAUUGCCAUCCACUCUGCACUAUUUAACCAUAUUAUUCAUACUCAUGUUACGAGAAAGCGUUUUUGAAAAUGCUACAAUAUUGCAAGAAUAGAGUUGGAAUGUUGUCAGAUUUUUUCUCUUUUGAACAAAUGUCAUGUGAAGUGUGAAAGUUGGGUUAGUCAUCUUAAAACAAUGUUUUUCGAGGGAUAAAACUUUGGAAAAAAUGUUCAACGUUAUGGCAAAAAAUCAUAUGCAACAUUUGCACUUGAUGGGGAAAAAAGGUUAUCACAAAAAACAAAUUGCAAUGUUGAGUUCUAUUUCUUUAAGGUGGAAAUUGUAAUUUACAAGAGUAAAACUAACUUUGCAAGAGGAAAGUUGUCAUUUUCCGUUUUAGUGAAAAUUGGGGAUAAAAAUUAAAAUCAAUUUGAAAAAGGUCUGAGUAGAUGGAAGAUUAACGGAAUGCCUCAUGACAGGUAAAAAGUUAGUACAGUCUUAUUGUAACUUUUAAAAGUUUUACUAUACAGUUCAAACCUUUUUUCUUUUUUUUUUAAAUACUUUGAUUUGUCGAGGGAUUACAAUGAUUCUCAUUGAAUGUAUUAAUCCCUCAUUUAUUUUCUCCGAAACAUGACUCAUGACUUUCACAUAAAAUGGCAACUUUUUCUUGUAUCAUUCUUCCAUUUGAUCCAAUGUGAUGUCGACUGAUGGCAUCCCGGUCUGCUGUGCAAUUUACGCCUGUCAUGCUGUCAAUCUAAUCAUAUCCUGUCGGUUCAUAUUCAUGAGAAAUACUUUUUCGCAUAUUUGGUUUUAAUCUCGACUGUGUCGUUGACUUGAUCCGGAUAAUGAAGGACAAUCUUAUCAUUAAGCGUCUCUCGCUGCACGUCCUGACUGCAAGAAUAAUCUGUCAUUCAUGAAAUAAACGCACAAGUCGCGGCACUAUAUUUAUAUGAACAUCCAAAAAGAUGAUUUUGUUGUUGUCUUGGUAACAGUGCGUCAUGUAAAUAAUUCAAAUAAAAAGUCAAGUGCAGGUUC